UCCAGUUUAGGUCUAAUAUCAGAUUCUUUUCAUAUGUUUUUUGACUGUACUGCUCUAUUGGCUGGAUUAGCAGCUUCAGUUAUUUCAAAAUGGAGGUCAAACGAUGCUUUCUCCUAUGGGUAUGUUCGAGCAGAAGUACUUGCUGGAUUUGUAAAUGGUUUAUUCCUCAUCUUUACAGCAUUCUUCAUUUUCUCUGAAGGUGUUGAGAGAGCACUUGAGCCUCCUGAUGUGCAUCAUGAGAGACUUCUUCCUGUUUCUAUACUAGGAUUCAUUGUAAAUCUUAUAGGAAUAUUUGUUUUUCAACAUGGAGGUCAUGGGCAUUCACAUGGCUCUGGGCAUGAACACAGCCAUUCUCUAUUUAAUGGUGGUCUCAGCCAUGGACACAGUCACGGAGGUCAUGGUCACAGCCAUGAACAUAAACACGGCCAUGGACACACUCAUGAUCAUGGCCAUAGCCAUGGACACUCUCAUGGUCAGGAUUACUGUCAUGGUGACCAUUCUCUUGAAGGGGUGGCUGGAUCCAGCAAACAGAUUUUACAAGGUGUAUUUCUCCACAUUGUUGCAGACACGCUGGGAAGUAUUGGUGUGAUCAUAUCUGCUCUACUGAUGCAGAACUAUGGUCUGAUGAUAGCAGAUCCUAUUUGUUCAAUGCUGAUAGCACUACUUAUAGGUGUAAGUAUUGUUCCGCUUUUAAAAGAAUCCAUUGGAAUUCUGAUGCAGAGAACUCCUCCUUCCCUGGAAAACGCUCUGCCUCAGUGCUACCAGAGGGUGCAGCAGCUGCAAGGAGUUUACAGUUUACAUGAACCCCAUUUCUGGACCCUCUGUACAGACGUUUACAUAGGGACUUUGAAAUUACUAGUAGCUCCUGAUGCUGAUGGAAGGUGGAUUCUAAGCCAGACUCACAAUAUUUUUACUCAG